GUCACUGGUCCGCCUGGAAUAGACUGGUCCGCUAGUCUAACAGAAGACUGCAAUGAGCGCCGUGUCGUCUGGCGCAGUUGUAGGUGCAGACGUCUGCACGCAGAGUAUCGUCUGUUGUCAAACCUGGACGAAUGUUGAGAUGUAAGGAACUAUGGAGUCCAAUUCAUAUCGGAGAUGUUGCGUUCAGCUGUGUUAGUCCAGCCCGCCAUAUUGCUAACGCCUUGAUACAACACAAGUCAAAUCUGAUGCUGUAAUGCAGGAACGACCGUCGAAAUGAUGGCUAUAGUCGGAGUUACCUGGCUGUCAGUCUGGCUGUCCGUGCUGUCGGGAGUUGUGAUUGGGCGAAACAACUUCUGUGCCUACUAUGACAAUGCUCCCUCCUCGGACACUGUUAAAAGCAACGUAAAAAAUGGGGAGGCAUCAGAUGUUGCGACCUUGGGCGGUGAGGUCAUGUUGGAUAACCGUACUAUACACUGUUUGGAUGACAACAACUUCUGCUACACACUGUGGGCUGUCAACGUCACAUCAGACAAAGAAAUCAUCAUCAAACAAGGAUGUUGGAUUGGAGAACAAAACCAAUGCUUUGACAAGUCUUGCCGGUCCAAUACCCCUCCCAAGCGGGUGUCUGAGGCGUACUCCAAGUUCUGCUGCUGCUCAGGCGGGGAGAGAUGUAAUGAGAACGUCACCGAUGUUUACAAGCCUGAUAUGCACACCUCAGAAGCGCCCCAUAUACAACUUCGCCCUACACCCGACCCAACUUAUCGUGAGAAAACGAUUAUCAUCUCCCUCGUCUCCGUCUGCUCCGUGGCACUUGUUAUCUUAAUAGUUUAUUUAAUUUAUCGAAUGUUCGUCACCAACAAACGUGUCAUCCAUGACCCUCUUCAACACAUUGAAGCCCAGCCUCCUCCUGGGUUUGAAAUCGACGACUUGAAGAUGUGCAGCAUCAUUAGCAAAGGGCGAUACAGUGAAGUAUGGAAGGGCCUGCUCAAUGACUUGGAGGUUGCUGUCAAAAUAUACACUCCACAUUAUAGACAGUAUUAUCAAAACGAGGGGAAUAUUUACAGGUUGCCAUUUAUGGAACACGAUAAUCUCUUGAAGUUUUUUGGAGCAGACGAGCGCCUGUCCCAAGAUGGACUCAUGCAGUAUUUAUUGGUACUGGAAUAUGUUCCUGUUGGUUCGCUCACGAAUUACUUAAAAAAUAACACCUUGGACUGGCCGACGCUGUGUAAAAUGGCCUACUCCGUGUGCAGGGGCUUGGCUCACAUGCACACAGAUAUUACAAAAGGAGACAAGUUCAAGCCUGCAGUAGCUCACCGCGACAUCAACACAAGGAACAUCCUGGUGAAGGGAGAUCUGACUUGUGUCAUCGCAGAUCUGGGAUUUUGCAUGCCUAUCAUGGGCUCCAAACUCAUUAAAAAUGGCCAUGCAGAAAAUGCCGAACAGUCAACACUAACAGAUGUUGGGACAAUACGCUAUAUGGCACCUGAGCUGCUUGAUGGUGCUGUCAACCUUCGCGACUGUGAAGCUUCAUUAAAACAGAUAGAUAUUUAUUCUAUUGGCCUGGUUUUGUGGGAAAUAUCCAUGAGAUGUACAGAUUUAUACCAGGGGGCACCUGUUCCAGAAUAUAUGUUGCCGUAUCAGGCUGAGGCUGGUCCUCAUCCCUCAUUUGAAGACAUGCAGCUCCUUGUUACCCGCAGAAAAAGAAGGCCUCGUUUCCCUGAUGUAUGGAAAGACACAAACCAGGCUGUUCGAUGCCUGAAAGAGACAAUAGAAGAUUGCUGGGACCCUGAUGCUGAGGCACGACUGACUGCCCUCUGUGUGGAGGAAAGAAUCUCAGACCUGAUGACCACAUGGGCACAGGACACAAAACACAGAGGUGUUACACCAACCAUCAACCCCACAGUGAACAUCACCUCGCAGGACUACUUGGGGAAAUCCUCACAGGGACUGAAUCAUGAUCAAAGUCACAACGUAGAUCUGUAUGCUGCCAACAUGGUCGACUAUCGAUCCUCUGUAAGCUCUCCCACAGAGAACAGCAGUGCACCUCUCUUGGGAAAUGGUGUUGUCAGAAAUGGAGAAAUUCCAAACUAUAGUCAAAACCACAGAAGCUGGUACCAGGAUCGGAGUGUGUCCGCAUCCACCACGGAGACUGUUGUUCCAAUCACACCAAGUGAAUCAGAUCCUCCACCAAAAUCAAACAACAUCACAAUGGCCAGAAACAAUGUAAUCCUGCAGCCCCACCAGGGUCGGAACCCUACUGUGGCGAGGAACACCCACAAGCGAAGUGAUGAGGAGCUGGCCGUCUCCGGCAACACACUGCUCGGGCCAGGGAUGGAGGUGGCCAGUGUGAAUCAGUUGAGCGAGAACACAUAUGACUCUGUCGGUGACAACCUAGAGACAUCCUUGGUUCAGAAUGAUGCCCUGAACCAGCAUAGAAAUCCGCCAAUUCCCUACUUACAGAAUCAGGUUCAAGUCCCUGCAGUUCGACCCAAAGUUGCCAAUGUGCCCGGGAACGGAGUUCCAUAUAGACAUCUUAAUGAGGGAAAAUCUCUUCGUGAAAAAAUUGGUAAAUUUAUCAAACCGAAAGAACUUGGCUUAAAACUAAGUUCCUGGAAUUUCUUCGGACUCAAGAGUAAUUCACGUAAUCAAAGUUCGAUGAAUCUGGAACAGGAUCACAGCCAAUCAAAUCACAGUGUCAAUGAGGACAGCUCUGGUCUCCUGAAUCAGGCAAAUACGCUGCCCAAGACAGUGGUGCAACCAGUGCAGACAGAAAUAUGCUUACAAAAUGGUCACGCGUUUGUCCGCCCCAGUAAUCUGGCCCUGCAGGAGAUGCCCUUGGCUCACAGGCAGAGUGAGGCCGCAGGGUCCUCAUCGGAGGGGAGGUACCCUGAAAACAGACUGGGAUUUGCAGAAGUAGGGGUGGCAAAACUCAAAAACUCCAGUGUUGGACAGCAGUCUGUUGUCCGACUGAAAGGCACCGGGCAGUCAAAGAGCACAUCAGACUUGAGCCCUGCACAUAAUGGCAAGUCAAGGUGGCAGGAGACUAAAUUAUAUGACAUUGCUGAUGGACAGAAGAGACGUCCAACUUCUCUGUCGUUGCGUGGACAUAACUAUGCUUCACAACCAAAUCCUUAUGUCGUAGUUGGACCUACUAGCAUGGGCAGUUCAGCACCAAAUGUUGCCCUGAAACCGCCUGAUGAAAACUCAGAUCCCAGUGAAAAAAUCAAGAAGCGUAUCAAAACGCCAGUGAAUAUGAAGAAGGGGCGAUUUUCUCUGUAUGAUGAUAGGCUGAUGUGUCAAGGCAUAGAUGAAUGUGUACAAAACAAUACAGGCAAUGGUUUAAAGAAGACCAGUCUCAGUCUUCAUCAGUUGAAGCAGUCAGAUAUCAUAGAAGUCACAGGAUCCCAACCACAGCUUGUCUGAUUGGAUUACCUCCCAUUAAUGUGGAUUAUCUCCCUUGGAUACAUGUAAUUCUGAACUCAGACUGAAGAGAACUUAAGUGUCAGUCAUUUAUGACUCAUUUGGCCUAUUAUGAAUUGCUAUAACUAUUCUUAGAUGCAUUUUGAACUAAUUUUUCUUGUUCAAGUAUAACAAUUAGGUGGUUAAGACAGUUACAUGACUAUUUAUCUGUUGAAUUACUGAUUGUAUUAUUCUGCUUGCAUGUUAGAUUUUCUAAAGUUUUAUCAUAUUUUUGAACAAACAAUUAACCACGGUAUUAUUCAAAAGAUUUAAGUUUCAUAAAUACUAUUCUUAGUUGUAAAUUAUCAAUAUUUGCUGAGGUAUGUGUUUAUUUUUUCAGUGUGGAGUGAUUAAAAAUAUAAGUCACACCUACCACUAGUUUGACAGUGUAGCAAAUAAUGAUUGUCUCAGCAAAGGAAGCAACUGCAAUCUUUUUCUCAAAUUGUUUAAUGUUUUUCAACGCACAUAUUAACUGCUGAAUAGGAAAUAUAUAUGAUGUAAACUUAAUUUUAUAGGAUGAUAUCAUGUCUCUCAUGGCUUCGAUGUUUUAGGGGAGGCUAUCAUUGUUCAAUGCAAUUCUGCAUGUUUGAAGCUAGUUUAGAUCUGUAUGGACCAUACACUGUCAAUGUUCCAAAUUAAGUGGAGCCUGGGGCACUAGAAGUUUGUUCCCAUAGUGAUCUGUUAUAUUUAAAAUAGGAUUACAACAGUUAAGGACCCCGUGACUUUCAUUCUUAGUUUCGAGCACUGACUGUGAACUACCAGGCAAAUUGAAUGUAAGUUUUAUAUCAUUAGUCUUACCAUUGUAUACCCUGAUUCAAUUUGAAAUAUAUAGUUCAAUGUUGCGUUCAUUUUUGUCUUGACAACAACUGUCUUGUUUGUGUGUGGAAUAAGGUCUUAUUUAUUUUCGAUCCCUCUGUACUAGACAAUGUCUGUAACACAGCAUACCUUUUGAGACACCAUACCAUGAUGAGGAUGUGGGAUGACCCAACUUCAUUUUGAAAACAUCCACCAUUUGUAUGAUAUUUGUAUCACAUUCAUAAACUUAUUAUGAUUUGUUGCAAGGAAUCUGAAAAUAACUUAUACUUGUCACAAUUAUAUACUCUUAAAAUGAUAAUGGUAUAUAAAUGUCUUUCAAGCAUGGCAUUAGAUGUUAUAUGUGUUUCAAGUUGAAAGUACGUACAAUAAGUCACAUACUCAUGAUUAUCUUGUGCUUAUUAUGGCAUUGUCUGCUGUGAUUUCAUCUAUUUUAUUCCUUUGUACACAAUUUCAAACCACAAAAAUACAACUUCCAAAUUUCACCGUUAUUUUGCGUUUAGUUUACAUUUUACACGUUUCUGUCCGUUCAACAUAUACCUUUAAAACCACUUGGAUGUCUAUUGCUUAUAAUUACAUCAUCUGGAUUUACAUGCACCCUUCUACAGGAGAGAAAAAUACAAGCAAAUCUUUAUACAUAUCUUAAUCUGAUAAUCAUUGUCUUGUUACUUGUCCUGUUUGGCAAGAAUGUAAGUUUAUGUAGCAAGUAGGGCGAAGUAUCAGUCCAAGAGCCAGAUGAAGGGUGUGCUCCCAUGUUAUGAACCAUUAUGAUGAUGCCACACGAUUGUUCUUGCCGUUCACUCUGAGCCGGGGCUUUACUGGCCAUUCUGAAUGUGCAUUUUAAAUAAUUAACCCUGAUGCAACCACACAUCAUUAUGCAAAAUUAUAGAGAGAUUAUGUGUCAACCAAAGCAUGGUUGAAGUCUCAGAAAUCAGUUGAAUCUGUAGAUUCCAGGAGUACAAUCAGCUCCCGGAAUCAAGGUUCUCAUGAUUUCGCACGAGUACUGGGUAAAUGUGGAAUGCUGACACCGUAAUAGGUCAUCUUAAGCAGUUACUUUGUGUUUCUAAAGCCAGACCAAUAUAUUUUUUGUGGUCAAUCGUUUAUUUGUUAAUAAUGUAAUUACGAUUCAUUUGGUUAAAAGUUAAGUUUCUGUAAGCAAAAAUAUAAUCGUUUACAAAAAUGUGAACUCAGAAAGAUGUGAAAGAAGUACCGGUAUGUCAAUCAAGGAUAUUUAAUUUUCUUACUUUCAAAAUAUGUUUGGAGUUUCUGUUUGAGAAUAUAUAUGUCUGGCAUUGUUACAUUAUGUCACCUCAGAAAGAAGGGAAAUCAUGACAUGACUUCAGUAUGAAAGAGUAUCAUUUUCCGUUAAUCUUAGGGACAAGGGCUAGCUAGUUUCAGUUUCUAAACAAAUCAAAAGGCUGGGAAUGUGUAAUAUGCGUAAGCGAUACUGUGCUAUUGCUGACCCUGCAAAUAAAUGUCUAUCAUAUUGGAUACGUUCAGAAGAUAAAAGGCACACUGUUAGUGAUACUAUCAUUCAGGUAUUCCUGGAAGCUGGACAUGGCAGCUGUAUAACAAUUUUAGCAAAAGACAAUAUCUCAAACACUUGGGUCUCUUAAAAAUACCAAAUGAAGGGGAAAAUUGGAAAUGGGAGUCCCAUCUCUUUUGUUGCUGACUGCAUAACAUUUCUGCCCUCUUUAGCUCAUUCUGUUUGGGAUCAUGACUCUAUGGCUCUCCUGCCCUACCACAUACAAAGCUGAGAAAUUGAAAAAUUGCAUUUAGUUUUUUUCUCGCCGACCCUCCAGACUACCAUAUUUGCCGUAGGAAGCGCCCUGCUCCAAUAAGCGCCCCCUGACCCAAUCCCAGACCAAUCUGUCAGUUAUCUUGUAAACCCUCCCAUCCAAGAUAGAAAAUGUACUGGAUGGUCCAUAUUUUCUUGUUUGCAUUAUAGAUUUUUUAUAAUUUGAAUAAUAGAUUUGUUUACUGCAUCUCGAUCUCUGAAAACAUAUUGAAGUUAUAUAUGUUAUUUAUAAGUGCCCCGGUCAAUAUCUAGGCACCCAAGAUGCUUAUUACAGCAAAUACGGUAAUUCUUUCACAUGCGAGCAUUGCAAAAUAAGUGACUUUAGAAAAAAUGUUUUUUUGCCAUUUUGCAUGCAAAACAAAUGAAUUCUAGCAGUGUGUAUGCAGGAGUUUAGCCAUAAAGAUAUGUUAGAUCAUAGACAAGGACAAAGGUAAACAUUGAUUUGUGUAGUCCUCUUUGUGUCCAGUUUGUGUUAUUGUGUGUCCUACAAAGGGGACUUUGUUCUCGGAGUGUUCAUGCUUCAGUGCUAUAUUUAUCAUUCCUCUCUCAUUUCGUGACCAAUCACAGGUGAAAUGUUAAGUCAUUGGAGGACGAAUUACUAUUGACACGAAAGUCAUAUCCACUUGGUGUUAGAGAUUAUUUUAAGGGAACAAUACGAGAUAUAUUGGCCACAAGUACCAGUCUCUAUCUGUCCCAUGUUGUUUUAUGUUUAUGUUGCAAUGUCCUCUGCUUAACAGCAUCAAAUGAGGCAUCUUGUUAUGGUUUAAUUGCUUGUUAUAAUGUGGCUGUAAGUCAUUGUAUGUGAUUGACUGACUUGAUUUUCAUUUUUAAACAGUUAAAGCCUAGCUUUGUUAGUUGUUUAUCAAAGAAGACGACACUUGGGAUAAGUGUGUAUACUACUGUUGGGAAAUAUGCAUCUUCAAAGAUGAGCAUGACCAAUAUGUUCUAUAAAUUUGUCACAUAGAUCUGCCUACUCUAAUGUUAAUUGAGUGGGGAAAAAACAUUUAUUUUUGGUGAGAUCUCAUUAUGACUUAAUACACAGUUUUUUCAACUUUAUUACCUAACAAGCAGACCACACAACAUGCAUUAUUGCUCUCUAAUUACGAUUUUUUAUUUAACGCAUAUUUCAGGUUUGCCCAAAGUACUCAAAGCUCAAAAAAAGUCUUCAUUUUGGAAUUCUCAGAGAACGCUGUCUCGUCUCCUCAGUUGUUUGCUCCUGCUUGUUAGAGAAUACUAUAACAAGGAUCAGCCUCUGACUGGCUGGAUUUAAGUGUAUGUGAGCCGUACUUCAAUUAUGGAAACAUUGCUUUCCCAUAAUUUGCAUUCAAACUAUUCUGGACUAUGCUGAGACAUUAUGGUGAAUAAUGGAGUAGGCGCAUGUGGCUGUAUUAGGGACCAGUUUAAAAGUUCCAUGUCAGAUAAAAGUCUUAAUUCUGUAAGUUAAGUUUAGGGGUGGGCGGGGGUAGGGUUGGGGGCGGUUGAUGGCCCUGCAAGUUUUCUAUCCGACAAAAUCACCUUACCUGAUUACUCAGUGUUUUAUAUAGUAACUAAACUAAACCGAUCCUAUUUUCACUCCUAUGCUGUUCACAAACACAACCAGUCUUCCACAAGGUAGGGUUUUGUCAUGGCCGGCAAUAGUGGUAAGUCCAUCUAGUACAGUAAAUAAACUUCAGCUGAUAAACAUUCUGAAAAAACAGAGGAAAACACAUUAAUGCAUGACAAAAGUGGCCACGAAACUCCGGACAAUAUUUUCUGAGUUUUUUGGGGGGUAAGGGGAGGUCUGCUUCAUAACUUGAGGAAUGAAUUUUUUACCCAACAUCAAACUUUUGAACUGGUCCCUUAUUUUGGCUUCUUCAAGAUCUUAUUAUUAAAGAAAUUAAUAACGAGGAAUCUGGAAUAUCCUUUAAGUUAAUUGCAAGCAAAAGCAAACAUAUUUUCUCAAAAUUCAUUGAACUGAGUCAAAUGUAAUUUUCGUUACGUAGAUGUGUUUGGUAGUAUACAAUGAAUAUUUUGGUGUGCACUAAUACCAUGGAUGCCUACUUCCCAUUUUCUGCGUUGGUCCUGUGUUUAGAGGGUUCAUUGCUAGAAGUAUCGGCAACAUGAAACUGAUUUACCCCCUGCUAUUGGAGGGGGGACAUGCUGGCUAUAUAUUUGAUGCAUGUAUGUGUAGUCUAGUCACAUAGUGUCGAUCAUUGUUUUUGUGUAACUGACAGCCACUGCUAAGCGGUUAUUAACAUUGUUGUGUAAUAUUAUUUAUGUAUAAUGCCUAUAGCUUUCAAUGGCGUGUGUUACAAUUCGUAUCACAUGUUUGUCUAUGCAUUAUAAUGUAUAUGUUGAUAAGCAUAUUUCUUAUUUCCAUAUGCAUUUUAAUAGUUUGCUAUGUGUAUUCCAUUGUGCAUUAUACAUACCUUAUCCACUGACAGGAAACUACAUCAGUGAGAUUCUUCACAAUAACCAUGUCCUUUGUAAAUCUUGUACACAUUAACAACCAUGUUGAUUCAUAACAUUUCAUUAUUACCUGAUGCACUUGAGGUAUAUCAAUGAUGUUGUAUAAUAAUAAUUAUCAUGAAGUACUUGUCACUGAUCUUAAUCUAUGUAUUUGAAGGAAAUAUAUCCACUCUGAGAACAUUUUCAACCCAAGCAUGUGGAUAAUUCAUAGUGCCAUGAUUUACAAUAUAGUGAAAAGUAAUUGUUUGUGCUGUUUAAUCAAAGUGUUGAUAUGAUGAUGUGGCAUUGGUAAGUUCCAAUUGUUUUGUGUUCUUUCCAAAUUACAGUGCUUUAUACUGAAAGGGAAAUAUGAUUUUAUUAUGCUUUCAUAAUUUGUUUAGUUUUGUCCUUCAUUGUGAUAAAUGUUGAUGAAGGCAGACUGUAAGAAGGUAAAAUUGAAUAAGCACUGUUAAACAAUAGAUAGGUAUAUGAUAAAGAUUAUGUAAAGAGUUGCAUUUGUAUGAGUGUUGAUUAAGCACUGUUAACCAUAUAGAUAGGUAUAUGAUACAGAGGUGAUUGUAAAGAGAUACUUUGUAUAAGCUCGUUGUAAGGUGUUUUGUGUUUCUGAUGUUUGAGGAUAAUGUCAUUUGUCAGACUAGAACAAACUGCUUAAUAGAAGCACUCCUCUCAAUGUCUGGGAGUGAUUAAAAACAUGUUUAAUCUUUUAGGAGAUUUUUUAUUGAUUUUUUAGACCAAAGUCCAAAUUGUCAUGCCCAAGAAUUGCCUGCUGUACUUUCAGUUACACACUAAACAAGUUCAUAUGCAGUACUGGUACUCCUAUCUUUUGAAAAGGGAUGAAGUAUUUCACAUCUGGAUUAAACCUAGCAUAGUUAUGCAAUCUAAACCUUUCAGACAUUGCUUCUUGUAUUCCAAAGUAAGAUAUUGUUGAAAUUAGUGUUCCAAUCAAAUUUGUUCUCUUUCGUGUUCAUUAAGCCAUAAUCAUGUGAUGUUAUUGUUUACUUCCAAGUCGUGAAAGUCAAUACAGUCAGUUUGAGUUGUUGAAUCAUGUAGCUGCGUUGAAUGUAGUAGGUUGACUGUAUGUAGAUAAUGUUUUGGAUGUGAUCCAGUUACAGUUAGUCAUCAAUUGAAAGAACCAUGAAAAUGAAACUAAUAUUUCUGAAAAGAUCUUUUUAGGGACUUGCAAAUAAAUAUCAGUGGAGGAUGGAGAGAAUUGGAACAGUAUCUCCAAAGGGUUGGUAGGGGUUGGGAUAGAAUAAAAGGGAAAGUCUCUUUAUCUUAACAUAUUGGUAACAUUUGUAAGAUUUAGGUCCCAGGGAGAGAAACAAUGAACAAGAAUGCCUUUGUACCUCACCCUGUAUCAAGAAUGACCAGUCCCUGACCUCCUCAACAGAAUCCUUUAGGCCUACAGUAUUUCCUAUACAAAUAUAUGAAUGGGAAGGGUUCUACGACCAUGUCUGGAUUUAGAAGUAUGGUUGAGGCGAUAUGUAAGAAGUGACAUGGCAGUAGUUAUGAUAUUGGUAGAAGUUCAAAAUGCACCAUUGAAAUAUGGAUUUUGUACAGAUUUGAGAGCUGGGAUGUGAUAUUUUCCUGUCAACUGUGUUUAGCUGGAACACAGAAUAGUAUUUAUAUGUCUGAUUACCUAAAUUCAUUCUUCACAAUGGGGGUUGUCUCAAAAUUUGCCAUGCUAUUUAGGAACUGUUAUUUUCAGUUACAGAAAAGAACUCGUUUGUAUAACAUAUUUAGAGAUUAUAAUACCAGGUUUCAUCAUUAGACCACACCUGUAUUCAUAUUCUUACAUCCACAUUAAAUGCCAUGGUAAUGUUUGAGAUGACCCGUGGGUGCUGUGACCUGAUGGCUGACAUGUUGACCAUCAUCUAAGCUGUCAACAUUUGCAUCUAUGCUAUGUACCUUACCGUGCUUCUUAUGCUUCUCUUUGUCACAAGUGGAGCAUUUUGGCAAUAAAAUUGCAUCUUCCUGAAAA